CUUCACAUCCUUAACCGAGAACGAACUCACUGGAAGCGAGUCCGAUUGUACAGCCACGCAGCUUGGUAAGCGAUAAAAUCCACCAUCGCUAUGUACUAGGUAUUAACGCAAUGGGAUCCAAAUAUGGCUGAAUAUAAAGCUCCAAGCUUUUCAGCUACUCUGGAAAGCUAGACUUUCGAAGUGACUUGGCCAAGAAACACAUCUCUCUGGUUUAUAACCCCUUAAACGAAGGCUUUUAUACAUCUCUCACGAUGUUGUCCAGAAGUACUGUUUUAGGCGGGCUACUUGCUCUCGCCGGCUUAGCCGACUCUAAGGUUGUCAAGACACGAAGCGGGAAAGUUCAGGGAGACCAGUGCAGCACGACAGAUGUAAACUACUUCUACUCCAUUCCGUACGCCAACCCCCCCGUGGGCGAACGCCGCUUCGCGCCCCCGGAACCCUAUUAUAAUUCCCGCCGCGUAAUAAAUGCUACGGCGCCGGCACCGGCAUGUAUUCAGUUCUCGAGCCUAUUCGGCGAGAACACCGCGACGAGUGAAGAUUGCCUUUUCUUGGAUAUCUGGGCCCCGGCAUCUGCUACUCCAGAUUCCAAGCUUCCCGUGAAGGUAUGGGUAUAUGGAGGGAGCAACGAAGGUGGCGGAAUCUCAGACCCGACAUACAAUGGUUGCUUCUCUGCCGUGGACUCCAUCGUCGUCUCCAUCAACUACCGCGUGGGCCCUCUUGGGUUCCUGGCCUUGUCGGAUCUUGGCCUGACCGGAAACUACGGCAUUAUGGACCAGUUACUCGGUCUUCGCUGGGUACAGGACAACAUCGCAGGUUUUGGCGGAGACCCGAGGAACGUCUUGCUCUUCGGACAGUCCGCCGGCGCUGUUGACUCUUUCGUUAUUGCCUCUCUACCAGAGGCACCCGAGUUAAUGCGAGCCGCUGCUUUGGAGUCUGGAGCUGGAAGAGAUCUAGCAACUGUCGACGAUGCGAAAGAUUGGUAUUCCGAGUUCCUUUACGCGAUGAACUGUACGGAACAUGAUUUAUCAUGUCUUCGAAACGCUCAAGUAGAUACAAUCCAGGCUGCGGUCGCUGCGAUGCCAAGCUCCGACAUAAUCACGGUCAACACAGCCCUAGUCAAUAACGGUACAAGAUCUUCUUGGUCUCCCUUGAUCGAUGGAAAGGUGAUCAAAGAGCAACCAUCUACCGUCGGAGUUAGAGUUCCUUCGAUAGUAGGAGCCAAUACUAGAGAGGGAUCUAUAUUUACCUUAGGCUCCUACGUCACGGUUUGGAAGGGGAAAGCUCCUAGUCAAUCCGACUACUAUGAUUUUCUGAACCUGAACUUUGGCCCGUUAGCCGCACAAGUAAACGAGACGCUUCCCUUGGCUUCUACCUUUAACGGGUCAACACUUACUGCUAUGGAAGUCAUUCUGACCCAGGUGUCGUACCAAUGUCCGACCUACCGUGCUCUCCAAAAGGCAGAAGAGAAAGGAAUCCCUGUCUGGAGCUAUCGAUUUGCUCAUGAGCCUAGUUGCGCUUGGUAUGGACAAAUAAAGGCAGACUACAUACCUCUCCUAGGGGCAACACACACGAGCGAGAUUCCUUUUGUAUUCAACUUUACUAGUUCGAUGCCGCCCCCAGACGGAAACUGCACCUUCACGAAAGCAGAACAGGCUAUGGCUCAUGACAUGAGCCGCGCUUGGACAAACAUGGCGCAAACGGGGAAGCCGGGUGAUGAAAACACAUGGCCUGCCUGGGCGUCGAAAGAAAGCAAAGGCGUGGUAUUGAAUGAUGCAAUGGAGGUUGGUGUAGUUGAUUAUACCGUUUGCGACUUCUGGGGACAGAUUAACGAAGGGCUCAAUGAGUAUUGGCGAUCAAGCCAGGCAUGAUAUUCUUUAUAUCAAGUACUAUUUUAGGUAGCUAAUUUUAAUUCUGAUCUCUUGAAAUCACUGAAGAAAUAAUAAGUUUUUUGGCUUAGUUGCUCUAAGGAUACCUGGUGCCUAGGUACUUA